AUGGCAGCCUCCCCGCGGUCUGCUUCAUACACACGGGCUCAUGGUUUCUCAACCACUCAUUACAUCUGUUAUCCGCCUACUUUUGUCAUGCUCACGCUUGCCCAAGCCACCAUCCUGGCGUGGAUGACCGUUUCGGUCUCUGCUGCUCCCGCUCUUGGCUCCCAUGCUGUUCUCGAGGCCGUCAAUGUGCCUCACACCUGGACUGCAUCGGGCGCCCCCAAGCCCGAUACCAAGAUGCGUCUGCAGAUUGGUCUAAAGCAGCAGGACAUGGCUGGCCUCGAGAAGCGGUUGAUGGAAAUCUCGGACCACACGCACGCAGACUAUGGAAAGUGGCUAUCCAAGGAAGACAUGGCUGCUUACACCAGCCCUUCUGCCGAGACCCUCCGUCUUGUAAAGAGCUGGCUGGAAGAGGCUGGCGUUGCGCCCUCUGCCAUUGGCCAGGCCCAGCCUGACUGGGUGCAUGUCGAUGUAGAUGUCGCUACCGCGGAGAAGCUCCUUGGUACGCAGUACUCUGUGUACAAGAACACCAAGGACACUUCGUCGCCCGACAUCAUCCGCACAAGCCAAUACUCGGUGCCCAAGGCGCUGCAUGGCCACAUUGACACCAUCCAGCCCACGACGUCCUUUGCGCACGGCGUCAAGGCCAGCCGCUCCAUUGCUGCUGCUGAUGCUGAUGCUUCGAUCACCAAGCGGGCUGCUGAAGCAGACAAGUGCAACGACGGUGUAGCCCGCCUCGCAUGCAUGCGCAAAAAGUACAAUGUCAACUACUCCGCCACCGGCAAGGCAACCAUUGCCAUUGCGGGAUUCAUUGGGCAGUACAUCAACAACGACGACACCAAGGUGUACCUCGAAGAGUACGACCCGACCAACAACAACACCGUCGCCAUCAAGCUCGUCGGGGAGGGAGAGAACAACCCGAAUCAGCCCGGUGGUGAAGCCUCCAUGGACGUGCAGCUGGCCCUGGGCUUUGGACACGGCAACCCCGUUACCUUUUACUCCGUCGACACCCCGGCACAAGGCCAAGGCGAGAACUGGCCCGACCAGCUUUUGGCGUUUAUCCAGGCGCUCACUGCCGAGACCAACCCGCCGUCCACGGCCAGCAUCUCGUACGCUGCCGGCGAGGCUGGCGGCUCCGUCGAGUACAUGACGCGCGCGUGUAACGAGUUCAUGAAGGCUGGCGCUCGUGGCAUCACCGUCUUUGGCUCCUCGGGCGACGACGGCGUCGGCUCGGGUGACUGCUCGUCCAGGCCCUUUGAGGUUCUCUUCCCAGCGUCGUGCCCCUACAUGACCAGCGUCGGCGGCACCCAGUGGAGCGCAGACAGCUCUUCCGAGGCUGUCUGGCCCUAUUCGGGCAGCGGCUUCUCCAACGUCUUUGCCCAGCCCGACUGGCAAGCCGCCGAUGUCAACGCGUACAUCAAGAACUCGGUCCCCUCUGCGUACAAGGGACGGUACAAUGCUAGCGGUCGUGCUUAUCCCGAUGUUGCCCUCGUCGCCGACAAGGUCCCCUACUUUCUCAACGGCGCCGCCCAGUCCGACGGUGGUGGUACCUCGGCCUCGUCGCCCUUUUGGGCGGCCGCUGUGUCCCUCAUCAAUGAUUACCGCGCUACAAAGGGAAAGCCGGCGCUUGGAUUCCUCAACAAGCGCCUUUAUACGGACAAGGCUGUGCGCGCUGCCAUGACGGAUAUUGUGGAUGGUUCUAACCCGAGUUGCAAGACGGCGGGAUUCAAGGCCACGGUGGGUUGGGAUAGUGCUAGUGGUUUUGGCGUGUUGAACUUUGGUAAGCUCAAGGAUGCAUUGAGUACUUGA